UCAAGAGCAAUGGCCCACAAAGAAUAUGACCACAUGUGUUGAAUCUGUUUUUUUUUAGGUACUGGGCACAUACAGGUGGUAUAUAAAGGCUGGAUAUCGUCAACGUCGAUAUUCCCAGUCUUGUCUUGUAUCAUCAAACAUGAAGACCUCUCUCGUGAUUCUAGUUUUGGGUGCUGUUGUGGCCACUGUAAUGGCUGAUGGUGAAUACGCACCACCUGCCUACGAAAAGAAAUAUGAUGGCUACUUCCAGUAUGCCAAUGUACCCAGUGAAAAAGAAUAUGAAUUUGGCUACAACCGUGGAAAUGCUGCUCACCACACUUCUCGCUAUGAGCAAUCCAAGGACCACCGUUUCCGCACAAAGGUCAAGUGGGCCGACACUUACGACGGCUACGGUGAGCACUACUGGGAAUACAACCAUGGCGACAGUUACGCACCAGCUUAUUCCGAGCCUGCUCCUGCUUACGAGGCUGCCCCUGUCAAAUACUAGACAACGAUUAAUGUUUUGUUAGCGACAUGACAACAUGUUCUAUUCCUGUUGUUACACAAGAAUGGAGAUGCUUUUUCUUGACCACCAUUGAAAACUAAUUGUCAUCCAUGUUUGGUAUUUGUUUUGAGCUUCCUUUUGGCGAUGACGCCAUCUGCUGGUCGGAUAUGUCAUUUCCUAAAUCCCCCAUCCCCUUCAAAAAAAGAGAACAAUAAAAGAAAAUUAUGGUAUUUCA